AAACAGAAUGUUUGGAGAACGUGCGAAGACGCGGGGCUGACCAAUUAGUGAUUUCAGUUUCCGGCCCCGUCCCCUCACGCAAGUCCAAAGGACAGCUUUGGCGUUGCCAUGGCACCGGCUGAGCGUGGCUCUGGAACCCGUGCGAAGCGGAACGUUUGGCGCGGAGCUGCAGGUUGCCCGCGGUGCGUCUUCGUGGUUAGGCUUCCGGUCUCCUAAGCGCUCUUCCUUCACGUGUGGGGCUAUUGCUGACAGCGAUGGCGCCUCGCGUUUGGCGUAAAAGGACCCUGGAGCGUUGUCUAAGGGAGGUCGCCCAAGCCACCAGCCGGCCCGAGUGCUUCCUCACGGUUCAAGAUGGAUUAGCAUCAAACUUCACUUCUUUAACCAAGGUUCUUUAUGACUUCAAUAAAAUAUUAGAGAGUGGGAGUAUCUCUGGGAGUCCUUUACAAAAACUUGUGAUAAACAAUUUUGAUGAUGAGCAGAUUUGGCAGCAACUUGAGCUGCAGAAUGAACCAGUUUUACAGUACUUCCAGAGUGCAAUUAGUGAGACAGUUGAGGAUGAAGAUAUCAGUCUUCUCCCAGAGAAUGAAGACCAUGAGUAUGAAGAGGAUGCCUCGGAGAUAGAGCCUGAUGGCCCAGAGGACCUAGAGCAGGAUUUUGAGGAGGAGGAACUGUCAGGUGUAGGUGACAGUUGUCCUAAAGGUGGCAAGAUCUCGAAAAACUCAACCAAGUUGGAUCUGAAGAAAAGCCCUGUUUUCAGUGAUGAGGAUUCUGACCUUGACUUUGACAUUAGCAAAUUGGAACAGCAAAACAAGAUACAAAGAAAACUUCCUUUAAGACUGAGAGAAAAGUCUGUAGUUGAUGAUAAAUUCUUCAAACUAUCUGAAAUGGAGAGCUUUUUAGAAAAAAUGGAAAAAGAAGAGCAAAACAGAGAUGAUGCUGAAGAGGAGGAAGAGAUUAACUUUUUUGAAGAUAUUGACUCUGAUGAAGGUGAAGGAGAACUGUUUGGACACCAUAAACGUAAGUCAACUAAAAGUUCCAGAAAUCUGAAGUACAAAGAUUUUUUUGAUCCAGUUGAAAGUGAUGAUGACAUAGCAAGUGUUCCUGAUGAUGAGCUGGAUUCAAAUGGUGAGGAAAUUGCUGAAGUAGCAGCAGAGGAAAGCAUUUCUGAAACGGAUGAAGAUAAUGAUCUUGAAGAAAGUGAGGAUGGUAGGCAACAUAAAGAAGGCUUGAAAAAAGUAACCUUCGCUUUGCCAGAUGAUGACAAGACCGAAGAUGCAGGCAUUGUAAAUAUGAAGGAAGAUUCUGAUGAAGUAAAAUCCUCUUUUGAAAAAAGGCAGGAGAAGAUGAAUGAAAAAAUCGCAUCUUUAGAAAAAGAAUUGUUGGAAAAAAAGCCCUGGCAGCUUCAAGGAGAAGUGACAGCACAGAAGCGCCCAGAGAAUAGCCUUCUGGAAGAGACCCUCCACUUUGACCACGCUGUUCGGAUGGCACCUGUGAUCACUGAGGAAACUACCCUCCAACUAGAGGAUAUCAUUAAACAAAGGAUUCGAGAUCAGGCUUGGGAUGAUGUAGUACGUAAAGAAAAGCCUAAGGAGGAUGCAUAUGAAUAUAAAAAGCGAUUAACAUUAGACCACGAGAAGAGUAAGUUGAGCCUUGCUGAAAUUUAUGAGCAGGAGUACAUCAAACUCAACCAGGAAAAAACCGAAGAAGAAGAAAAUCCAGAGCAUGUAGAAAUUCAGAAGAUGAUGGAUUCUCUCUUCCUAAAACUGGAUGCACUGUCAAACUUCCACUUCAUCCCUAAGCCGCCUGUUCCAGAGAUUAAAGUUGUAUCAAAUCUGCCAGCUAUAACCAUGGAAGAGGUAGCACCAGUGAGUGUCAGUGAUGCAGCCCUGCUGGCCCCAGAGGAAAUCAAGGAGAAAAAUAAAGCUGGAGAUCUCAAAACAGCUGCUGAGAAAACAGCUACAGACAAGAAACGAGAACGUAGGAAAAAGAAAUACCAGAAGCGCUUGAAAAUAAAAGAGAAGGAGAAGCGGAGAAAAUUGUUUGAAAAGACCAACCCAGAUCAAAAUGGAAAGUACUCCAAAGCAGUAGCUUCCGAGAAACUGAAACAGCUGACCAAAACUGGCAAAGUGUCCUUGUUAAAGGAUGAACGAAAAGACAAGGCCUUAAAGUCAUCUCAAGCAUUCUUUUCGAAAUUACAAGAUCAAGUAAAAAUGCAAAUUAAUGAUGCAAAACAACCAGAAAAGAAAAAGAAGAAAAAACAGGAUAUUUCUGUUCAUAAAUUAAAGCUGUAAUAUAUUUUGAAUGUAAUGUAUAUAUGUAUAAGUG